UUAAAUAAAAGUCUCAGACACCAGGAACAGGAUAGGAGAAACAAUGGCGUCGCCAGCCUCCGCCUGCAACCACGCUGUGUUGCGGCCUCAUUCGACUUCCUUGUUGGCGUUGCUGCCUUCUCCGUUGUCUCAUCCUCAGCGAUGGGGUGCAAUCAAACCCUAUCCAACCCCACUGCGUCGCGCCUUCAGGAUCUCAACAAGAACCAUCAACACUCCCCGGGCUUCUUCACAACCCCCGCAAGGAGAAGGAAGAGGAGACGAAGAUGAAGAAGGAAGCACGAGUCCUAUCGAUACUUCACUCAUCCUGUCGGAUGAUUUAGGGUACCUGUGGAAAUUAGCUGCUGGCUCAGUUGGUGGUGCCUCUCUGAUAAAGUAUGGAAGCGUUUUUCUUCCUGAUAUAACCAGGCCCAACUUAACGCAAGCUCUUCUUAUGAUAUCUCUACCUGUACUGGUGGCUGUUGCGAUUUUAGUGAAGGAGAGCAGCAUGGCAAGCAAAGAUGAGGAUUUGAUCUAGAUUCUUCUUCGCUCAGUAAUAACUUGAGAUCCUUGUAAUUGUUACAUAAUCGAAACUUUUCAUAAGAUGAUUGGCAACGUUCCCACUGCAACAGUUUGCAUUUAGUAAUUUGUGAUACUACUUGGAGGUCUGUCUCUAACUUUUUUCUAUUUCCUAAUUUAGGCUUUAAUGACAUUAUCUACUCAAUUCCACUGUAUAUGAGAUUUAUUGCAAAACAUAGGAGAGAAGGGGGAGAGAAGGGAUAUGGCAGAGAGAUGCCGGUGGUGGAUCUAUUGUAUGUCCUCUUGGUACACUUUGAGAAUCUAAUUUAUGUAGUCCGGCUAAGUCAGCCGAGUUGGUAUU